GUGCGGUGGGGCUGGCCGCUGGGCGGCGGCGGCGGGGCGGUGUGGCGUGGACAGUCUGUGGCCAUGGUCGUGGUGGCAGCCGCGCCGAGCUCGGCCGCUGGGGUCUCUAAAGUGUUGCUUCUGGCCACCCCCCCCGCCGCCGCCGCCGCCGCCGGAGCCCCGGCCGGCCAGACGCUGCCGCUCAUGGUGCCGGGCGAGAGAGGGGCCAGCCCGGAGGCGGCGGGCGGGGGGCCGCCCCAAGCACGCAAGCGGCAGCGCCUCACGCACCUGAGCCCGGAGGAGAAGGCGCUGAGGAGGAAACUGAAAAACAGAGUCGCCGCACAGACUGCCCGAGAUCGCAAGAAAGCCCGGAUGAGCGAGCUGGAACAGCAAGUGGUAGAUUUGGAAGAGGAGAACCAAAAACUUUUGCUAGAAAAUCAACUUUUACGAGAGAAAACUCAUGGCCUUGUUAUUGAGAACCAGGAGUUAAGACUGCGCUUGGGAAUGGAUGCGCUGGUUGCUGAAGAGGAGACGGAGACAGAGGCCAAGGGGAAUGGAGUGAGGCCAGUGACCGGGUCUGCUGAGCGCAGCACUCAGACUACGUGCACCUCUGCAGCAGGUGCAGGCCCAGUUGUCACAACCCCAGAACAUCUCCCUGUGGAUUCUGACAGCGUUGACUCUUCAGAUACUGAGUCUGAUAUCCUUUUUGGAAUCCUGGACAAGUUGGACCCAGUCAUGUUCUUCAAAUGCCCUUCCCCAGACACUAGUCUGGGGAACCUCCCUGAGGUCUGCCAAGAAGGAGCUAGUUCCUUACCAGCCUCCCUAUCUCUGUCAGUGGGGACGUCAUCAGCCAAGCUGGAAGCCAUUAAUGAACUUAUUCGUUUUGACCAUGUAUACACCAAGCCUCUAGUCCUAGAGAUACCCUCUGAGACAGAGAACCAAACUAAUGUGGUAGUAAAAAUUGAGGAAGCACCUCUCAGCCCCUCAGAGAAAGAUCACCCUGAAUUCAUUGUCUCCGUGAAGGAAGAACCUAUAGAAGAUGACUUCAUUCCAGAGUUGGGUAUCUCAGAUCUACUUUCAUCUGGCCACUGCCUGAAGCCAUCCUCCUCCCUGCUGGAUGCUUACAGUGACUGUGGAUAUGAGGGGUCCCCUUCCCCUUUCAGUGACAUGUCUUCUCCUCUUGGUGCAAACCAUUCUUGGGAGGACAGUUUUGCCAAUGAACUCUUCCCCCAGCUCAUUAGUGUAUAAGGAACAUCUAGUUCUGUUGUCUUUGUCCUUGACUAUUACAUGGCCUGGAGGACAGCAGAGAAGCCUAUGCUUCAUUCAAAAAGCCAAAGUAGGGGGCAUACAGCCCUAGAGAACUCAUGAA